GCUGGUUUUGCUCUGACUCGGGGAGGAGGAGGAGGGUUUUUGAGUGUUGCUGGGGCCCAGGGUGGCUCUGGUGACCUGCAGAGUGUUGUGCUCCCUUGGGAGAUUUGUGGUUUCCUCCACCAGCCCCUUUGUAGCCCUGUUUCUUGCCUGUGCUGGGCUGGAGGUGGCUCUCAGCAGAGCAGGAGUGAUGCAGGAGCUGGUGGCUGGUGUGGAGAGGAUCAGGUUUGAGCUGGAGGCUGAUGUGGAGCAGCAGCGAGGAGCUCAGCCCCUGCCCUUCCUGGGUACGGACAGGCCAGGCGUGCGGUGCCCGGUGCGGCGCGUGGGCAGGGAGAAGCCGGUGGUGUGCAAGCACUGGCUGCGGGGGCUCUGCAAGAAGGGUGAUGGCUGUGACUUCCUCCACGAGUACGACGUGACCAAGAUGCCCCAGUGCUAUUUCUACUCCAAAUUCGGCGUGCGUUGCCCGGUGCGGCGCGUGGGCAGGGAGAAGCCGGUGGUGUGCAAGCACUGGCUGCGGGGGCUCUGCAAGAAGGGUGAUGGCUGUGACUUCCUCCACGAGUACGACGUGACCAAGAUGCCCCAGUGCUAUUUCUACUCCAAAUUCGGUGAGUGUGGCAACAAGGACUGUCCCUUCCUGCACAUCGAUGGCACCACCAGUGCCACGGGCUGUCCCUGGUAUGACCGUGUUUUCUGCAGGCAUGGCGUGCGGUGCCCGGUGCGGCGCGUGGGCAGGGAGAAGCCGGUGGUGUGCAAGCACUGGCUGCGGGGGCUCUGCAAGAAGGGUGAUGGCUGUGACUUCCUCCACGAGUACGACGUGACCAAGAUGCCCCAGUGCUAUUUCUACUCCAAAUUCGGUGAGUGUGGCAACAAGGACUGUCCCUUCCUGCACAUCGAUGGCACCACCAGUGCCACGGGCUGUCCCUGGUAUGACCGUGGUUUCUGCAGGCAUGGUCCCCUGUGCAAGUACCGGCACACGCGGAGGGUGAUGUGCUCCAACUACCUCGUUGGCUUCUGCCCAGAGGGACCCAAGUGCAAAUUCAUGCACCUCAAGGCCGGGUUGAUGACGAGCAGCAUGGAUCCACCCAAGGGAGCUGGCUGUCCUUGGGGGCUGGCACAGCUCGACCUGGCUGCCAGCGAGGAGAGUGGACACAAGGACACACCACCCAUGGUGUCCCCUCUACCAGUCACCGGUGCUACCCAACACCUGGGGGACACCAGUAGCUGCCCCCCAGGACCACAGGGCCUGCAAGAACUAGGCAUCACUCAAGGUGUCACAAACGUCACUACGCCAGAAAGUGGGGGACAACUCGGCUGGAAAUCCUGCUGGGGAUGUGACCCAAGGGCUCCUGUGAGCACCGGGAAGGAGAACAGCGUGAUGGACCAGCAGAAUGGCCACUAGGCCAGUGGUUGGGCUAGAAAACCCGGGUGGUUUUGCUCAGCACCGGCUUUCACAGCUUUUUGCACAAACAGCAGAGAAAUAACAGCUUCUCUAAAGCCACCGAAAUCACCCCCCCCCAGACAGGGGAAGGAGGAGCCCAGGGUGUGCUGAUCCCCUGUUAAACGGGGCAAAAACCACCAGGUUUGAGACUGUAUAGAAUCAGAAAAUUCACCAAGUCUUUUAUUGCCAGGGAAUUGUUGGUGGAACGCCUCUGACCCAGCACUGCUGCACCACU